AUGUUUUGGACUAAGAUACUCGCGGGUCCGCUGCUACUACUAAUCGGUUUUUCACAGGCGUCAGGCAACCGGGAGCCAUUUGUUGCCUACAUCUCUUCCUUCGUUUCCAAAGAGGAGACAGAUGCCCUUUUGAAAGCAAGUGAACACAACUAUGAACCCUCCGGUGUGUACAAUGCGGGAGGAUCUGGUGUAAACGAGAAAGAGCGUUUGUCCGAAGUCGCGUAUCCUGGGGAUGUGAGCGCUGUCCAGUGCAUCGGCAGGCGCGCGCUCGCCUUCCAGGGCUGGUCUCCGUACAUCAACAUUGAAAGACUCCAGGUGCAACGCUAUAAGACCAAUGGAUUUUUCAAAUAUCACUAUGACUCAUUCGGCGAAGGGAUGAGCGGAGACAGGGUAUCGACGUUCAAUAUAUUCCUUCACGCAAACUGCACAGGCGGCGGUACUCACUUUCCUAACUUACGAAUGCCAGACGACCCAAGGUGGUGCGAAUUCAUCGAGUGCGGCUUGGAUGGCUCUAGAGCGGGGAGAACCGGUAUUACAUUCAAGCCAAUUAGCGGUAAUGCGGUUUUCUGGGAAAACAUCCGGCCUAACGGGGAGAGAUAUCUGGAAACACUACACGCAGGCCUGGAGAUAGAGUCUGGCACCAAGAUUGGAUUGAACAUUUGGAGCUGGUACGGUAUCGGCCUCUCUGAAGCCCGGUUAUGA